UGGCGGAGGCGGAUCGAACGCGGGAGGCCUGUUGUCCAACCGUUGGGUCUCUUUUCUCUUUUAAAGCGAGACCGGCUUGUCCCGACGGUUGCUGGCGCCCGCCGCCGCCGCCUCUUCGCGCCUGUUCUCUGGGCUGUGGUUUCGUUUUUCUAUUUUUUUUUAAAAUUUCCCCUUGUGUGUACGCGGUGGGGCUGAGCAAGCCUCCUUUAAGCUGCAAAACUGGCGAGCACAAUGGGAAAAAAGCAAAACAAGAAGAAAGUGGAGGAAGUCCUAGAAGAGGAGGAAGAAGAGUAUGUGGUGGAGAAGGUUCUUGACAGGCGGGUAGUAAAAGGCAAAGUGGAGUAUCUGCUGAAGUGGAAGGGCUUCUCAGAUGAAGAUAACACGUGGGAGCCAGAAGAGAACCUCGACUGCCCUGACCUCAUUGCAGAGUUCUUGCAGUCUCAGAAAACAGCACAUGAAAGUGACAAGUCAGAGGGAAGCAAGCGCAAGGCAGAGUCUGACUCUGAGGAUAGGGGGGAGGAAAGCAGACCAAAGAAAAAGAGAGAAGAGGCUGAGAAGCCUCGGGGUUUUGCAAGAGGCUUUGAGCCAGAGCGGAUUAUUGGUGCCACAGAUUCUAGUGGGGAGCUGAUGUUCCUGAUGAAAUGGAAGAACUCAGACGAAGCCGACCUGGUCCCUGCAAAGGAAGCUAAUAUCAAGUGCCCACAGGUGGUCAUCUCAUUCUAUGAGGAGAGGCUGACAUGGCACUCUUACCCCUCAGAGGAUGAGGAGAAGAAAGAUGACAAAAAUUAAUCUGCCAACCCUUCUGUCCCCUCCCUCCUCUGGCUGACUUUUGUAUUAAAACAUCAGACUGUGAGUUUGAACAUGAGUGAGAGGAAGCAAAGAGGCUCAUGGCUGAGGAAGAUGACCUCUGUAGAAACAGGACAACUUCUAUGCCCAUAACAGCUUGGUGUGGCAGUGCACUGCCCCUUCCUUUCUUCCUUCCUUUCAUGUAUACCUGGGGAAGGAGGGGAGAAUGGGUGAGUGUUACCAAGCUGUUCCUUGCUUGGGGGAUGAAGCAAAAAUAUCUUCAUGCAGGAAAAAGCCUGGGGAAUGGACUGGCUGCCAAAAGGGACAGCAGGAUGAGGCUGUGUGUUCUUUGAAGACCAUCUCUGUGAUCCACAGCCUUUCCCCCCCAAUAGUGUUAAAUGCAUUUUUGCAACUUAGCAUGUGUGUAGGAUUUCUUUCUUCCUUUUUUGCUAUUAUUGGUGUAUCAUUGCGGGUGGGAAGGGAGGGUACCUUCUGACUGACUUGAGACGGGAAGCGGUUCAUGCUUCUUACAUUAAAUGGUUGCUCUUGCAAGGCUGGAGCUUUAAGCAUCUAAAAGUUAAAAUUGCCAUUCGAAGUUACCUUUAAUGCAGCCAGCUUCCAGAAUUGUUACACUUUUAAAAUUGAAAUAGGAAACUUCAUUAGAUACUUUGAUCAAAUGGGAACAGUCUUUUUCUUCUGUCUGCCAUACGGAAGUACUAGAGUCCUGCUUGCUUUUUUAUUCUCUUGGAUAUAUGUGGAUUGAGAAUAAAGAUGUUUGGGUAAAGGAGGAAAGUGGGGGUAAUAUUUGCCCCUAUAGCACAGCAGCAGUUUCAAACUUUUGGUGAACAUCUAUCUACUGUUCGGAUUUGGGCAUUAGUGAUUGCUUUCCUUGCUCUGUUCCUAUCCCAAUUUUCUUUUUUUAAUCUAGCAGACUUCUUUGUUCUUGUAAAGAACACAAUUUUACCUCUGAAAUUGUUCAAACAGUAACAACCCACCAACUCCUUCUCCUCCAUGGGGCUGUUAUGUACGUAGAAAUGUAUUGUACAAACCUUUUUUAAAAUAAAGCAUGUGUUUUAGGUUUCUGUGAAAAUGUUGUCUAAAACUUAAGUGUUUGGAUUUUACCUUCAUACUGAACUGUCUUUUUGUCUCAAUAAAACUUUAGAUUUAUAA